GCUUCAUCCCUUCCCAUGACCAUGCUCUUCGCCAUUCACAGGGCGUAAUAGCCCGGUUUUCUUUUCCCAUACUUCCUUAAACACUCACACCCAUGUCGGAUACCGUCCUUGCUGGCCCUCCUACUGGAGACCUCUGCGUUGCGGGAAUCAAACAUAGCGGAACUGCGGUUGGAAAACGUGUCACGAUCGCGGGCGUACCGACCUAUAUCUCUGAACCCAAAGAUCCAGGGACGGAACGAGUCAUCCUCUUCUACUCGGAUGUAUAUGGCCCAUUUUACCUCAACAAUCAGCUAAUCCAGGAUUUUUUCGCUGAAAACGGUUUCAUCGUUGUCGGAAUCGAUUAUUUCCUAGGAGAUCCUAUUUAUUUGCACAACGACGAAGUUGGAUUUAAUCGUGAGGUGUGGUUUUCAAAGUCGAGGACACAGACGGAAAGGAUUCUUCCUGGGUGGUUGGAGGCUGUAAAACAGAAAUAUGGUCCAUCCGCCAAAUACACUGCCGUUGGUUAUUGCUACGGAGCGCCCUAUACCUUGGAUGCAGCUGCCUCUGAUUGGCUUGUUGCAGCUGCCAUCGCUCACCCGGCUGACUUAAGUGGAGAUCACUUCCGUAAGGCCAAGAAGCCGCUUUUCCUCUCUUGCGCUGAGGUCGACCACACCUUUCCACUUGCAUCUCGUCGCAGAGCCGAAGAUAUACUAGUCGCAUUGAAAACACCGUAUACGAUUCAGGUGUUUGGGCGGGUAGCGCACGGAUUCGCGGUUCGUGGCGAUCCGGAAGUUGGUGACACCCGAUGGGCGAAAGAAGAAUCUGCGCGAGGCAUUAUCAACUGGUUUAAACGAUUUUUAGAUGAAGAAGACCACAAAAACAAGAUUGCCAAGUUGUAGAAACGGAAUGUGAAAUUAUGUGUGUGAAUAUUUAUAUGUUUGAAUGUACGACCUAGUGGCAGCUUGGUUGUUUCGACACGCUAAGUUGAGCUACAUGUCUGCCUC